CGGCCAGAGCCAGCGUAGGAGAUGGAGCCGGGUGGCAGUAUAAGAGCCGAAAGGACAUGUUUUGAUGACUUUUGAUUGAAGUUUCAUAGUUUUUCAGACAACCAAUGGCGGAUGUAGCAAAGGACUUAACCGCCGGAACAAUAGGAGGGGCGGCACAGUUGAUAGUUGGACACCCUUUUGAUACCAUCAAGGUCAAACUUCAAAGUCAACCCGUCCCUCCACCGGGUCAGCUCCCUAGAUAUUCUGGUGCAAUAGAUACCGUUAAACAAACAAUAGCAGCAGAAGGUCCACGGGGUCUAUACAAAGGCAUGGGUGCCCCUCUUGCCACUGUGGCAGCUCUAAAUGCUGUUCUGUUUACAGUUAGAGGGCAAAUGGAAGCACUUUUGAGGUCUGAGCCCGGUGCACCCUUAAACGUGAACCAGCAGGUGGUUGUUGGAGCCGGUGCUGGAGUUGUUGUUGCCAUUUUGGCCACCCCAACUGAGUUAGUCAAGUGCAGGUGGACCCCCAUAAAGCUUGGUGUUAACAUGCUAACUCGGAUCCAUUUCACGAGAAUCAGUUAGCUGGUGAACCAACACAAGAAUUCUGCAAUGGCAUCCUCUUCUUUGGUAUGAUCUACAUCAGCAACAAACUUGAGCAUGCCUUUGGCAUUCCAAUAUCUUCUUGGCUACUUGGAGAGAGAACCGCUUCCUCCAAGAAUCUCCUUGGCUCCGGUUCCAAA